CAGUGCAGGUGGAGGGCCCCGGCGGGGCAAAGUGGCAGGAACCUCUUAAAGGGCGAGAGCGGCGGAGAGCUAGAACUCGGCCCGGCCCGGCCCGGCCCGGCCAGGUCCCCGCCCCGUCCAGCCCAGCGACACCAUGACAACAGAGAAGAGUUUAGUGGCUGAGGCGGCUGAAAAUUCACCACACCAACAACAGAAGGAAGACGGUGAGGGAGCCAUAAACUCAGGCCAACAGGAAACUCAACUGGAGGAGGCUUCUCAAACAGCAACUGAGGGAGAUCACCAGUGUGAACAGAAGCUGAAAACAUCGAAUGGAGACACUCCUACCCAUGAAGACUUGACCAAGAACAAGGAACGAACAUCAGAAAGCAGAGGCCUGUCACGACUGUUCUCCUCAUUUCUGAAAAGGCCCAAAUCUCAAGUGUCUGAGGAAGAAGGCAAAGAAGUUGAGUCAGAUAAAGAAAAAGGUGAAGGUGGUCAGAAAGAGACAGAAUUUGGAACUAGUCUUGAUGAAGAGAUCAUUUUAAAGGCCCCAAUUGCAGCUCCUGAACCUGAGCUCAAAACAGACCCAUCUUUGGAUCUUCAUUCAUUAAGCAGUGCAGAAACACAGCCCGCUCAGGAAGAACACAGAGAAGAUCCAGAUUUUGAAACUAAAGAAGGAGAAGGACUUGGCGAGUGCUCCAAAACAGAAGUGAAGGAAGAAAGUCCAGAAUCAAAAGCAGAAAGAGAAUUAAAGGCUUCCCAAAAGUCAAUCAGAAAACACAGAAACAUGCACUGCAAAGUUUCUUUGUUGGAUGACACCGUUUAUGAAUGUGUUGUGGAGAAACAUGCUAAGGGACAAGAUUUGCUUAAACGAGUAUGUGAGCACCUCAAUCUUUUGGAGGAAGACUAUUUUGGCCUAGCCAUUUGGGAUAAUGCAACUUCUAAGACAUGGCUGGAUUCUGCCAAAGAAAUAAAAAAGCAGGUUCGUGGUAUCCCUUGGAAUUUUACAUUUAAUGUAAAGUUUUACCCACCUGACCCAGCGCAAUUAACAGAAGACAUAACAAGAUAUUAUUUAUGUCUUCAGCUUCGGCAGGACAUAGUUGCAGGACGUCUGCCCUGUUCCUUUGCAACCUUAGCGUUAUUAGGUUCUUAUACCAUCCAGUCUGAGCUGGGAGACUAUGACCCAGAACUCCAUGGUGUGGAUUAUGUUAGUGAUUUUAAACUGGCCCCAAAUCAGACCAAGGAACUGGAAGAGAAGGUCAUGGAACUGCAUAAGUCAUACAGGUCCAUGACUCCAGCUCAAGCUGACUUGGAAUUUCUUGAGAAUGCCAAAAAGUUGUCUAUGUAUGGAGUUGAUCUUCAUAAAGCAAAGGACUUAGAAGGAGUGGAUAUCAUCUUAGGUGUCUGCUCUAGUGGCCUUCUGGUUUAUAAAGAUAAGCUGAGAAUUAACCGCUUUCCUUGGCCCAAAGUGCUAAAGAUUUCUUACAAACGUAGCAGCUUUUUUAUCAAGAUUCGGCCUGGAGAGCAAGAACAGUAUGAAAGUACUAUUGGAUUCAAACUUCCCAGUUACCGUGCAGCUAAGAAAUUAUGGAAAGUCUGUGUAGAACAUCACACAUUUUUCAGAUUGACAUCUACAGACACCAUCCCCAAAAGCAAAUUUCUUGCACUGGGAUCCAAAUUUCGAUACAGUGGCCGAACCCAAGCUCAGACCAGGCAAGCCAGUGCUCUGAUUGACAGGCCUGCCCCACACUUUGAGCGUACAGCAAGCAAACGAGCAUCCCGGAGCCUUGAUGGAGCAGCAGCUGUUGAUUCAGCAGACAGAAGUCCUCGGCCCACCUCUGCACCUGCCAUUGCUCAGAGUCAGGUCACAGAAGGUAGUGUCCCGGGUACAUCUGUUAAAAAAACAGUGGUCCCUAAAGCACAGAAGGAAACAGUGAAGGUCGAAGUGAAAAAGGAAGAAGAGCCACCUGAGCAGGCUGUGCCAGAGCCCACAGAAGCAUGGAAGGUGGAAAAAACUCACAUCGAGGUCACAGUACCUACCUCAAAUGGUGACCAAACACAGAAGGUUGCAGAAAAAACUGAAGAUCUGAUAAGAAUGAGGAAGGAUUUAGACAAAAGUCAAGAAGAGAUAAAAAAACAUCAUGCCAGCAUCAGUGAGCUGAAAAAGAACUUCAUGGAGUCUGUACCAGAACCACGGCCUAGUGAAUGGGAUAAACGUUUAUCCACUCACUCCCCCUUCCGAACUCUCAACAUCAAUGGGCAAGUCCCCACAGGAGAAGGAAGAAUAAAUGGCAUUCGCACAGAGGAGGUGGCUGUCGUGACAAAGGGGCCAUCUACUAACCCUGACUCUGAAUGGGAGGGGCCCAAGCAUUCAGUAGUUCCUAGUAAGAGCCAGAUGACCACCCCAUCGGAGUCUCCACAAAGCUUUGACUUUGGCUCCCUUUCCAUAAGCAGCAAGGAGACAGAAGAGAAGGCACAGGGGACAGCUGGCUAUCUUGAUGUUCAGGAGAUGCCAAGAGGCCCAAUUGGGGAAUGCAUGCUAGUGGAGGAACAGGCCAGUGCCAUAAAAUUCUCAGUUACACCAGCUUCCUGUCAGCUGCACCUUGGUGAAAAAAAGGCAGAGAGUAGUGAAGAAUUUGUUACACCAGGAGAGCCACUUGGAAAACAAAAUGGAUCAUUUCUUGACUUUCAUGUGGGUAACCAGUUCCCCACCCUCGUUCGAAGUUUCCAGCCUCCCCUGGUGAAGACUCAAACUGUCACCAUCUCAGAUACUGCCAAUGCUGUGAAAAGUGAAAUCCCAACCAAAGAUGUCCCUAUUGUCCAUACUGAGACCAAGACCAUCACUUAUGAAGCUGCCCAGACUGACGACAGCAAUGGGGACUUGGACCCGGGAGUCUUGCUGACAGCUCAGACCAUCACAUCUGAGACCACAAGCAGCACCACCACAACUCAGAUUACCAAGACUGUAAAAGGUGGGAUUUCAGAGACACGAAUUGAAAAGAGAAUUGUGAUCACAGGAGAUGCUGAUAUUGACCAUGAUCAGGUCCUCGUGCAAGCCAUUAAGGAGGCAAAGGAGCAGCACCCAGACAUGUCAGUGACCAAGGUGGUUGUCCAUCAGGAGACCGAGAUUGCUGAGGAAUGAUCUCAGGAACUAUCCUACCCACCCCCCACCUUUCCCCCAUCCAAGAGAAACCAGCAAAAUGUUAAUGAAGCUAGCCUGCAGUAGUCAGACUUCAGACUUGCAAGAUUAUUCUAAACCACCGGAAAAUUAAUCUCAUUUUCUAUCUGGAGUUUAUACCAAAAGAUUCUUCUAUAUACCACUGAUCCUUUUGAAGAUCUUUUUCUAUACUGGGAAACCAGAAUUGUUCAACUUUUCACUCUAUGGACUGGUUUAAAAGAGUUUUGGGUUUUUUUAUCGGGUGUUUGUAACCCCCAUCAACCAAGCCUCUGCCCAUUUAUUCCAAUCCGAUACUGACAGGGUCCCCAGAAUCCUCCGGGAAAUGCUCCAGAGUCUCUGCCAGUUGCAUUGGAGACAAUGCUGGCUCAGUAGGACAUCUGUGUUCCUCCCUAGCUGGAUGUCCUUUGGAUGACAGCAGAAACUUCAUAUACCAGCUUUUUCUCAGAGCCAAUGAUGUGACUUUGCCAGAAUGUCAGGUGGGGCAACUGCUGUGAUCCACAGACCCCAGAAGAAUGUCCCUGACCCUUUGUUGAGGGUGGUUUUGUUAAGGCAGACACCUCUGCUAAGAAUGUAGUAUUGUUUUUCCUUCCUCCUUCCUUUCUUUUUGGAGCUUCUUUGGGUCAAAGACAUAAGAAGUUGCUUCAGAUAUAUCUGAUACUGUGAAUGUUUGAACAUAUUCGUGGCCUUCACCUCUCCAGCUACCCUCUUACCUCAUCAGAAGCAGUGGCUCAGCUAAGUGCUCCCCCCAGCUUCCAUCUCAGGAGACCAAAACUCACGGAAAAAAAUAGGCACUUUUGGCCAAAAAUGCUAAUGAGACAUUUUUAGUGGUGAUUUGAAGAAGGAAAAUGAAUGAAGUUUUCAAAGUAAGGUUUUCCAGUUCUGGGAGUGUGCAC